AUGUGCACUCCCACCCCUGUCUGCCAGAGCCUGGCGUGGGACCUCUCUCCUUGGCUGCUCCAGCCCAACCCGGCGGAGCAGAGCGGUGUUGAGGACUUUGCAGCCCGGAGCCAGCGCUGGAUCCGGCCCCUGGGUCCGGGCAGCGCCCUGCGGCAGCGGGGGAACGUGGUGUCGGCGGGCGCUGGGACCCGGGCGAGUGCUCGGAGCCCCGCCCCUCCGGGCGGCUGCAGGCGCCCUCCGAGCCGCUGGGGGGCGCUGCCGGGCCCGGGUUGCCUCGGGGGUCCGGCGGGGCCUGACUGGUGUUUCCUUGGCCUCCACCCCGCGCAGGGACGCGUCCGAACGAAGACGGUGAAGAAGGCCGCCCGGGUGAUCAUCGAGAAGUACUACACCCGCCUGGGGAACGACUUCCACACCAACAAGCGCGUGUGCGAGGAGAUCGCCAUCAUCCCCAGCAAGAAGCUGCGCAACAAGAUCGCGGGGUAUGUCACCCACCUGAUGAAGCGUAUUCAGAGGGGACCCGUCCGAGGUAUCUCCAUCAAACUGCAGGAGGAGGAGAGGGAGAGGAGGGACAACUACGUCCCUGAGGUCUCUGCCCUUGACCAGGAGAUCAUUGAAGUGGACCCAGACACCAAGGAAAUGCUGAAGCUCCUGGACUUUGGCAGCCUGUCCAACCUGCAGGUGACACAGCCCACGGUGGGGAUGAACUUCAAAACGCCCCGAGGAGCGCUCUGAGUCGGUCGCUGUAUGUCACUUUUCCAAUAAACGUGAGGAAACCA